AUGAUCCCUACCCCGGACCUCACACAUCUUAACAGAGGCGAUUAUCUGCACGUGUAUGAACCAGCUGAGGAUACUUUCAUUCUCCUUGAUGCAUUGGAACAAGAUGCAGAAGAGCUACGGGCAUUGGCUCCUUUGAUAUCUCUUGAGAUUGGCUUUAUCGGCCAGAUAUUGGGAUCUUCGGGAACAUUAUGUAUUACAACCGAUAUAAAUCCACAUGCAUGCCGUUGUACCCAACGGACUGGUAUCAAAAAUAAAAUACCAAUCGACCCAAUUUUAGCCUCACUAUCUACUCCAUUUUACCGACGGUUGCAACAUGCUGUCGACAUAUUAACCUUCAAUCCACCCUAUGUGCCUACAGUUUUCGACGAGAUGGAAGCUGCGCAGGUCACUGCCGGUAUUACAGGAUCCUGGGCAGGUGGAACGGACGGUAUGGAUAUCACAAAUGUCUUCCUAAAGCAGGUUGAGCAUCUGCUUUCACCCACUGGUCGUUUAUAUCUCGUCGCUGUGAAAGAGAAUGACGUCCCCGGGAUCUGUGAGCGCAUGCGGCAAGAAUACGGCCUGCAAAGCACGGUGGUUUUACACCGCCGGGCAGGACGAGAACACUUGUUUGUUGUUCGGUUUUGUCGUUGA